UUGGGAUUCUUGUUCAUGCUAGAUCAUUGUAUACUAUUCAAGCUUAUGUGCUUUUUGAGGAAGAGUUCAUUAAGGGUACUGCUUGUGAUCAUAAGGAUGCUGGUGUGAAUUUUCCUGAAUAUUAUUAUCAUUUGUGGAGACCUGGGAAAGAUAUGAUCAAGCACGAGGUUGUUUUUAAUAAAGAAACACAUGCAAUAUGUUGUACAUGCAUGUUGUUUAGUGAAAUGGGUUUGCUUUGUUGUCAUGCUCUUCGAAUUUAUCAUAUGAAUUGUGUUCAUAAGAUUCCAGAUGACUAUAUAUGUAAGAGGUGGACUAAGGCUGCUAUGUGUAGUCAUGGCCUUGAUGAACCUACAAUGAAAACCAAUGUAGUAUCUACAAGUGUUUGGAGGACACAAACACUAAGGAAAUUUGUUAAGUUGGUAACAAGUUGUCAACACUCUUUGAAUGCUAGAGAAGAGGUUGAAUGUUAUUUCAAUCUUUUAAAAGAAAAGAUUGAGAGUGUUACUGGUACUAUUGAUUUUAAUGAACCGGUUGAAGGUAUUGAAAUUGUUGAUCAUGAAGUUAAGAAUCCGGCAAAAUCAAGACCUAUUGGAGAGAGGAAUUAUAGGCCUAAGAGUAAUUUAGAGAAGGCUUAUAACAAAGCCAGGGGUCAGUGGUUGAAGAAAAAGUCAGUAUACACUCCUUAUAAAAGAUCUAAAGGUCAAGCAGUAGUUCAGGAAUUGGACGAGAAUGGGUGUCCUAUAUCUUAUGCUAAUUCUUUGGCUGAUCCUAAUGAGUUAAUUGUGAUUGAAGAUCCAAGUGCUCAGGUUUGUAAUAAAAAGACUGCCAUUGUAGAAGAUAUCCCUUCAGAUGAUAGUGUUUCAAAUGACUUUGAACAGGAAUAUGGAUAUAGCUCUAUGCAAUCAAACGUUACUGUUGAUCCAGACAUAUCUUCUAUUGUUAAGGGUAAAACAGCUGCAAUUGCUCAUGAUGUUGAUAAUUUUCCAACAAGUUCUCAAUUGCCACCAAAGAAACCAAGAAAUGUACAAUUUCCCACAGUUGUGCAUGCUCAAAUCAAUGCUCAAGCUCCUUAUAAAGUUUCUAGCAUUGUUCAAAAUCCUCCAAAAGCUCCAAGAAAUGUUCAAGUUCAUUCUAGUGUUCCGAAGAAAGUUCAAGCUCCUUCUAAUGUUCCAAGAAGUCCUCAAGGCUGUUUUCGGAAUUUUCAAGUUGAUUCUAGUAUUUCAAGAAAUGUGCAUGAUGUUCCUAAUGUUCCAAGAAGUACUCAAGGAAAUUCAAGGAAUGUGCAAGUUUCUCCUAGUGUUUCAAGGAAUGUUCUACUUUCUCCUAGUGUUUCAAUGAAUGUUCAAGGAUCUCCUACUGUUUCAAGAAGUACUCAAGGAGGUUCUCCACAGAUUUCAACCAAAUAUGAUAGGUUAUUAGUUGAUACUAGUGUGGCUAAGAGAUUGGCUACAAAUGGUAAAUAA